AUGGGAAAUACAAGCAGUGCAGUAUUGGAGAAUAUUGUGCAAGGGUCCAACUCGCUAAUUUUGGGUGCGGUGGCAGUUGAUCGAGAUGAGGUUGAAAGAUUAAGAAAGCGUUUUAUGAAGUUGGAUAAGGAUAACUCUGGCACUAUUGAACGUGAGGAGUUUCUCAGCCUUCCCCAAAUCUCAUCGAAUCCUUUGGCUACUAGAAUGAUCGCCAUCUUUGAUGAAGAUGGAGGUGGAGAUGUCGAUUUCCAAGAAUUCGUCAGUGGGCUCAGUGCAUUCAGCAGUAAAGGAAACAAGGAACAAAAGCUUCGUUUCGCAUUCAAGGUCUAUGACAUUGAUCGUGAUGGAUAUAUAAGCAAUGGGGAAUUAUUCAUUGUGUUGAAGAUGAUGGUGGGAAGUAAUUUGAAGGAUCAACAGUUGCAGCAGAUUGUUGACAAGACAAUUAUGGAGGCGGAUUUGGAUAGGGAUGGGAAGAUUAGUUUUGAGGAAUUUACAAAGAUGGUGGAGAAUACCGAUGUGUCUAUGAGUAUGACUUUAGGGCAAGGUUGGAUGGGUGCUUAA